AUGUCCUACCACCCCCGUCACAUGGACAUGUACCCCUCCACCUCCUCCGGCGGCGGCAGCAGCAGCAGCAACACAUCCUCGACACUACGAUCCAGCGCACAGACACCUGCGCAAUCCCAGCUGCAGGCCCGGAUCGCCAGCAAGCGCGCCGAGCUGGAGAACCUGCGACAACUGCGCGACCUGAGCGCGCACCUGACGGCGCAGCUGGAGCAGCUGGAGACGAAGCUGGGGAGCCUGCGAGACGGCGCGCAGGCCGUUGCGCUGGUGCUGGCGAACUGGGAAAACGUGCUGCAGGUCAUUGGGAUGGCGGCGAUGAAGGUGCCGGUGCCGCAGUCGCAGUCGCCUCCCACCGCCGGUGCACCUGAUGACCCGGACGGCGGCAAUGUGGAUGGAGGAGCAGGAAGAGAUGUGGUAGGAAAUCCAAAGACAUCGCAGGAACGAGACCUGCCAGUACCGUUGGUCAGAAUACCUGUACAGCCCAAGACGGAAGAUGGUGGGUGA